AUGCCUGACCUCAACUCGAUCCCGCCGUCGCCCUCGCGGUCUCGACGACCUACAGGAACGAGCAUAUCUGGCGCAAACUCAAUCCAGGCUCCCGGGCAAGCUGUCUCUCCUGGAUCGAUCAACAUCCUGCCAUCGAACCAGCAAGCCGUCAACAACGCAGCAUCCAACUCGUCCCUUCCGUCGCCAGGCCUUCCCCCCAGCUCGACCACAAUGGUGUCUCCGCACUCUUCUCACGGCCAAGACAGCUCUGGUUUCGGGGCCGGACCGGGCCCGAUCCGCCAUCCGCGCCCCCUGACCGCUGCCGAGCUGCAUUCGGAGCUUGAGCAGGAGCAAGAACUCCUGGUCAACCGCCUGACCCGCGAUCUCACGAUGCUCAGGGCGGCCAAUAACUCGUCUGUCGUGUCGAACGCGUCUUCCGCAAGCGCCUCCACCACCGACCAGCAUGCUUCGUCGUUCACUGAUACACACAUGCUCUCCGGCCCGGGAUUCCACAUCCCAGCCACAAGCGCAGACCGGCGCCACCAUCGUACGAGCUCCAGCACAAGCACCCGCAGCUUCAGCCAGAUGGCUACCCAGGGCUCUACCCCCGCGCCGAUACCAAUUCCCCACCACUCUGGGAGCGCAGCCUCGGUCCUCGAAGCCGCGCGGAACCCUCGAGGCGCAUCCUCAUCCAUGAGCAGACAGAACAGCACCACAUCGCACCGCAGCCAGAGCCGCAACCACUCCCCGGGUCCUUACCACCACGGAUCAAAUCCGAGCCUGGGCUCCUCCUCAUACCCAUAUCCACAGCAUGGAGGUCUGCCAUACAGCGCAGGCGACCCGACCAGCGGCUACUUCCGCGGCCGCCCCGGCACGAGCAGCACCGCGGCUGCCACGCCGGGGUCGGAAGUACUUUCGCCCGGGUUACUCCCCGCGACGCACCGCUACGAGGAGACGGCCUUCUACCGGCACGAGCUCGAGUCUGCGAAGCGGGAGAAUGACGCACUCAAGCGGCGCGUCAAGGAGCUCGAGAAGAUGCUCCGCGAGCAGGGCUCACGGCGCGACACAUCCACCUCUUCUACCCGCCAGCAACCAUCAACAUCAUCACAACCACAGCCAGCCGACCACAUCGCUGGCGCAUCUGCCCGUGAGCGCACGGACAGCGUUAGCACCACUACCAGUGCAGUUAGCCUAAGCGGCGGCGCGCCGGGUGGUGGCGCUGCGGCCGGAGUGGGAGGAGGCGCGGCCAUCGCACCUGGCCGUCGCGGAAUGGAGCGAGCAGUCAGCAGCAUCAGCUUUGCGAGCAGCGUGGGCGUGGGCGUGCCCGAGGAGGAGGUCAAGGUCGCCCAUAACACGAAUGAAGACGAUGAAGUCACACAUGGUCCUGGCCUUGGUGUAAGCAUUGCGCUUUGUGAAUCUUAGGUAUUCACUCUUUCACACAUGGAGAUAGCUC